AUGAAUUCCGGUUCUGAUGAUGCCCAUCAAAUGAGGAAUGAAGGCUCAGCCCAUUUUCGCCCGAAAUGGGAGAGAAUGUCUCGUGGACUGGGUCAGUCUAAAGGCAAUCAGUCGUCGUCUUCCUGUGAGAUCAACCUACGUAUCUCUUCAUCAUACGUCUUCAUAAGAAAUGAAGGUAUCCGUGACACCCUAAACUACCUGGAGUGGCUCACACAGAAUGCAUGCAACUAUGUCAAAUCUAAUGGCAUAUACAGGACCACCAACCAAGUGCGCUCCAUCUCGAAUGGACUGAUCAACUCGUCGCACGAUGCCAACGGAAAGCCAUUCAAAAGCACUGUCGAUUACUCUGCCUCCUUCUGUCAACAGCUCAACAUGGUCUGCUGGCGAACGGCGCUCAAUCUUCUUCGAGAUCCACAGGCCUCGAUCGUACAAAUGGCCGUCUACCUCUUCUUCGCCAUCUCAAUGGGUGUGAUCUACUUCAAACUGGACCUGUCCGUUGAGUCGGGCAUACAAAAUCGAGCCGGUCUCUUCUUUUUCUCCACUCUGCAAGUCGUCUUCGUCAAUAUCGGCUCUAUAGAACUGUUCAUCAAGGAGCGUGUCAUAUUCAUUCACGAAAACUCAUCAGGCUAUUAUCGUGUAUCCUCCUACUUUCUUGCCAAAAUCUUCUGCGACAUCCUGCCCACCAAAGCUCUCCCAGUCUUCAUCUUUCUGCCCAUCGUGUAUUGGAUGGCUGCUCUCCGUCCGGAUGCAGGAGCUUUCUUCUUCUUCGAACUAAUUCUGACGCUCACUACUUUGGCAGCUGCCGGUAUCGCUCUGUUCGUCAGUGCCAGUGUCACAUUGUUCAGCAUCGCGAAUGUGAUUAUUUCCAUCAUCUUUGUUUUCAUGAUGGCUAUAGAUUUCACGCCAAAUGGAUUCGAAACUGGAGCUUCCGCGUCCAUCGGUAGCAUCAACCCUUCCCCAAGCAUCAAUCUCUGCUAG